AUGUUGAAUGCGAGGCUAACUCUCGCGAACUCCAACCAGGCUGCGCAGAUUCCUCCGCAGGGCUCGGACCCCGAAGACUACUAUGUCAAGCAGAACCGCAUCGGCAAGGGCUCCUUUGGGGAGGUGUACAAGGGCUUCUCCAAGAUCACACGGCAGCCGGUGGCCAUCAAAAUCAUCGACCUCGAAAACGCAGAGGAUGAGAUCGACGACAUCCAACAGGAGAUUGCCAUUCUCAGCCAGCUCGACAGUGACUUUGUCACAAAAUACCAUGGCAGCUGGCUCAAAGGCACCAACCUCUGGAUCGUCAUGGAGUACUGUUCGGGGGGCAGUUGUUCGGAUCUGAUGAAACCUGGGAAGUUCCGCGAAGAUUACAUUGCCAUCGUCUUGCGGGAACUUCUCAAGGGACUCGACUAUCUCCAUGGUGAAGGGAAGCUCCAUCGCGACAUCAAAGCCGCCAAUGUCUUGCUGUCGUCCUCGGGCGACGUCAAGCUUGCUGACUUUGGUGUCAGUGGGCAACUGACAGCGACCAUGACAAAGAAAAACACGUUUGUGGGCACACCUUACUGGAUGAGCCCCGAGGUCAUCAAGCAAAGCGGCUAUGAUUUCAAGGCCGAUAUCUGGAGCUUGGGUAUCACAGCCAUAGAAUUGGCGAUGGGCGAACCGCCGUACGCGGAUCUUCACCCGAUGAAGGUGCUCUUCCUCAUCCCAAAGAAUCCACCGCCCCAGCUCGACUCGGGCUUCUCAAAAACGUUCCGCGAGUUUGUCAGCUACUGCCUCCAGCGUGAUCCCGCCGCGCGACCCACGGCCAAGGAGCUUCUCAAGCAUCGCUUUAUUCGCAACGCAAAGAAGACGACGUACCUUACCGAACUCAUCGAGCGCCUCGAGAGAUGGAGGGCAGAGGGCGGCGACGGCGGCCGGGACGAUGACAGCGACCGACGGGGCCAAGAACCUGCUGCGGAGGAGGACGAUUGGGAUUUUGGCACAGUCCGUCACCCAACAAUGCGAGGAGGCGGAGCACCCGUGCAUGGUCUUCAAGCCACGCGUCAGGCGCCUCCGCAACCCACCAUCCCCCCGGUCUACCACGAUGCGCAACAGGAGCAGGGGAGCAUCGUUGCAGCGCAGGGUGCUUCAACGCCGACCAAGCGAGCGCCCGCAACCAAUGCGCAUGAGGACACCACGCCUAACGGAAAGCAAGGAUUCCACGCUGCCAAGGAGCUACCCAGCACACCAGCAUCUGUGGUGGCGCGGCAGCAAAGAUACGGAGGCCCUAAUGUGGCCGCGGCAGGGCCAGCAGCAUUUGAAGCCAACAGGUACGGCUCGGUACGAUCAAUGUCCUCGGGAGGAUCGGGUUCGGCAAGCGGGACUGUGCGGCUAGGCGCAGCAGCUGGCCAGCGAGGUGCUCUCCCCAUGCAGGGCCAGCAUUCUGCGUCCUCGUCCAGCGGCGAGUCCAGCGUGGCGACGCCUUCAUACGUCCAGGGGCAGGGCAGUGGAUACGGAGAGCUGCGAACGCACAUCCAGACAUCGAGCGAGUUGGACCAAGACAAAGAGCUCAACGGCGUUGUUGAUGCUGCUCUUGCGAAAUCGCCGGGGGGAGGCAUGCUGGAGAAUGGCGUUCUGGCCAGCUACGAACGGGCUGCCAAUCCCGAAAGGAGACUACCGUCGGAUGACGAUGACGCUCUUCUGGGUGAGGACGACAGGUUGCGGCUGGAGCAGAUGAAUCUGCAUGGGCGGGACGGAAGCGAAAGCAUCCCAACGCCCGCGAGGGACGCUGCUCAGAAUCAAGCGGCAGCCGCAGCUGUCCGAGGAGAUUCACUCUUUGCCCUCGACGCCGUUCUGCUGCCGGUCCUUGACCAACUCUCGCUUGCCGUGUCACAGCGACCUGACGCGCAACAGUCGAUCGAAGCCAUUCGACAAGCGUUUGAGCACGCGGAAGCAAUCACGCCCGGCCUGAUGAAUGCUUUUGCAGUCGAAGUCUAUCACGGUAUGAUAGAUGCUCAGUCAGGCGGACAAGAACCUCUCUACGAGGUCGACGAGGAAGAGGAGGAAGACGAGGGAAGACGUUACUGA